AUGUCUUCCUCCAGUGAGUAUAAUUCUUCUGAGGAUGAAUAUAAUGGGCUGGGCAGCUCAUCUAGGAGGUCAAGAAAUAAGAGGAACAGAUUCGACAGCGGAAGUGAUGAAGAGGACGAGGACCUUGGUGCGAAACGCAGCCGCUUCAAACCAAUGAGCUUUACUUCUGGGGCAACAUUAGAGCCUGAAACUAUGAAUCAUAUCGAGAGUCGGAGCGAGAACCAAUUUGCUAAAGGAUCUGGUGAAAAGCAGUAUAACAGUUCUGCUAAAAAAGGUGAAGAAAGCCGGUCAGGACGUGAAGAUCGGGUCGAGAGCGAAAGCUCAGAGCACGAGGAUGGGUUACAAGAAAUAAGAGGAUUCGGCAGCAUGAAUAACUUUUUCGCCCAAGCAAUGGGUCAGACUCAGAGUAGUGGAAAUAAUGAAGAGAUGUCAAGUGAUAACGAAAGUGAAGACCAAGCACAAGGAAAACCUGCGUUGGCAUCAUUUGGUUCGUCAGCGAAACGAAAUUCAAAGAUUGAUCUCACGUCUAAAAAGGGUUCACAUUAUAUAUCUUCUUAUGGAAUUGGAGCCAAACUUCUAGGUAAAAUGGGUUAUGUGCCUGGUAAAGGUUUGGGUGCAGACGGUAAAGGAAUUGUAGAACCAGUCCAGCAAAAAUUGCGGCCUACAAAGCUUGGUCUGGGUGGUAUUGACGAAAAGACGAAGCAAUCUAAAAAAGUGGAUGCCGAGAAGGCUGAUAUAGAGAGAAGAACUGCGAAGGGUUCAGAAGGAAGUCAGUUUAAAAAGGGUAUAGCGACAAAGGAUAUAUAUGAAAUGAUCACAAGACUCGAGAGUGAAGGUCUACGAGUGCCCACCGCAUAUGAAACUCUGAUCUCAAUGACAAAAGAAUAUCGCACUGACUCUAACAAUGAAGUUAAAUCGAGCAUUUUUGGACUUCAAGAGCAGGCUAUGACUCAAUUGAGGAAAUAUUAUCGAGCAUGGGCCACAAUGAAAUCCACAAGAGAGUAUGCAAAGUACGAACUUGUUCAAGUCAGGGCGAAGCUUGAAAAGCUGAUAGACGACAUAGCUGAUUUGAGGUCAGCCAUUGAAGUGGUGGACGAAAUUAAUAAAUUCCACCUUGUCAAAUCAAUGGAUAACAGUUCCCUAAUAGAUGAGAAACUGGCAAGUCUUCUUGAUAAAUUGCAGUUCGAAUUUAUAAGUCAACUGGACUCAUUACAGUUAGAUCAGUUUGCAGUUGCCGUAAUAAAGCCACAUUUUACAGAAUUUGUUGACGAAUGGAAACCGCUUGAUGAGCCGUCAGCAUUUCGAGAUUAUUUUUUGCGAUGGAAUCUAUUACUUUCCAUUGAGAGGUUGGAUAAGAACAGUGAGGAAUCCACUAGCUUAUCAGCCGCCAAUUUUCUUUUACCUGUCUCUGAGAGAAACGGCUCGUCUAAUAAUGAGCAAGUACCUGCUCGGAAGCGUAGGGGAACACAUUUUGAAAGCUUGCUGUAUAAUGUCUGGUAUCCCAAAAUAGAGUCCGUCCUGUCCCACGAAUGGGAUGUGACACAUCCUGGACCUGCAAUUCUUCUUCUUGAAGAAUGGGAGGCAGUGUUGCCGGAGUUUGUGAAAAUGGUCGUUCUUCGUGGUGUUGUAUUUCCAAGGCUAAAGGAUGCGAUUGACAGAUGGCAGCCUUUAUCUGAAUCUAAACAUGAUGACCAUUCGGAACCUCAUAUAUGGAUUUUUCCUUGGCUGCCUUACUUGGGAGGCUCUUACGAAGCCGUCAUGCUAGAAAUUAUCGGAUUGAUGAAAGCAAAAUUUGCAUUUUUAAUAAAAGAGUGGCUCAGCAAACCGAGACGUGCUGUGCCUUUCGAAGAGUUAACGUCAUGGAGGCAACUUAUUGGAGAACAGGAAAUGGAUGAUCUGUUGCAAUUGACCCUAGUUCCAGGUUUGCGGCGAUACCUGUCUCAAGAACUUGAAAUCAACCCUGCUGAGCAGGUGUUAACUCCUCUGGAGGCUGUCGUGAAGAAGUGGGGCAGGGUCCUUAGUCCAAGCAUCACAAGCUCAAUUCUUGAGAAAGAAUUUUUUCCUAAAUGGUUAAACGUCUUACACAGUUGGCUCGUCGAGCCUAAUGCAAAAUUAGAGGAUAUAUCAUCCUGGUACCAAGCAUGGAGCAUGUGGUUCCCGCAAUCCAUACGAGAUACGAUAGCUGUAGAAGAAGGAUUCCGCAAGGGUCUAGAUCUCAUAAAUGAUGCCCUUGAUUUGAACCCCAAGGAACGAUACAAGCUUGAGCAUCCCACGAAAGCAGCAUCCCCAGCGCCCCGACCGGAGUACUAUAAGCCAGUCUAUGAUGACGUGACAUCUAGCUCCGAUUACAAGCCGAAGAGCACAUUCCGUGAUGUGGUAGAAGAAUACUGUUUAGAACAUGAUGUCUUCCUCGUACCGCAGAAAAAGUCACAUCCAACACUAGGACACCGUCUCUACCGAGUCAGCCACGAUCCUUCAGGCAAGACUGGCCCUUGGUGCUACUUUGACGAAGACGUCAUCUGGAUUCGGCGUAAAUCCUCAGAAGAGUAUGAGCCAAUUGAUGUUGAUGAUUUAACUAGCUUUCUAUGA